AUAACAAAAACCCAAUUUAGCACUUAUCCUCAAACCCAUUGGGUAGCUGUUGGAGUGUUCCCUUCUGCACUAUUUUUCACUACUUAGUGAAUGAGAAUUGUGGCAGCUGGUAGAGGUGACUUUGCCAGAAUGAAGCAGUUGCUCCAACAACAUCCCUCCCCCGCUGCAUCUGGCACUGCAUCCAGCAGCAUUGGCUCGUCCGGAGGCAACAAUGAUCGAGAGGUUCUGGGUUCGAAUAGUCUUUGGUGCUACGUCAAGGAAAUGGACUUCAACCCUGCUCGAAUGAUUUUGGCGGAGAUGAUGGGAACUUUCAUAUUGAUGUUCUGCGUGUGUGGGAUCAUUGCAAGCACCCAGAUACUCAAAGGCCAGGUUGGGCUGUUGGAGUAUGCUGCCACGGCGGGGCUAACCGUCGUCGUGUUGAUCUUUUCCAUAGGCUCCAUUUCCGGCGCCCAUGUCAAUCCCGCCGUCACCAUUGCCUUCGCCGCAUUCGGCCAUUUCCCCUGGCCCAGGGUUCCGUUCUACAUAUCGGCUCAAACGAUCGGUUCGAUCCUGGCGACAUACGUCGGGAAGUCGGUCUACGGGAUCGACCCGGAACUUAUGGCUACUAGACCGCUUCAGGGCUGCGUCUCUACCUUCUGGGUUGAGUUCAUGGCCACUUUCAUGAUCAUGUUCGUCGCCGCCGCGUUGACUAGCCAUGCUCAAUCAGUGGGUUACUUGUCUGGAUUGAUCAUCGGAAUGUCCAUCGGACUCGCGGUGCUCAUUACAGGGCCGAUUUCAGGUGGGUCAAUGAAUCCGGCGAGGUCACUUGGCCCGGCGAUCGUGGCGUGGAACUUUAAAGACAUAUGGGUAUAUAUAACUGCGCCGAUCGUGGGAGCUCUGGCCGGAGCUGUGACUUUCCAUGCCCUGAACCUGCGGCAGAGGAGCGUGCAGCCGUGUACAGUGGAGUCGUCCCCGUCGCCGUCGCCGGAUAGUGGGUUGCUGGUUCACACCAUAGCUUUUGCGGAGAGCUAAAGAGUCGGUUUGGGUUGUGGAAUUCUAGUAGUUGAGGAUUAGAAAUGGUCCCAAUCGAGCUGGUUUUUUGUUUUCUAGUUUGUAGUUUGGUGUGGAUAACGUGAAAAGUUGUGUAAGAAAGAACAUUAUUCUCAUCAGCCUGGUGGAACUGGAAGGAGAUGCUUUUGUUGUUACUAUCAGUUUGGAAAAGGGGAAUUGGAUGGAUGUUCAUAUAUAUACUUGGUUCAUACAAGAACAAGUUGUCCUGUUUAUGUGGGGGAAGAUAUUUGGGGUUCUUAAUUUGGUUGUUCGCAUGAGAAGUAAAUGAAGA